GUCGCAGCAGCCACCAUGAAGCUGGCGCUCACUCUUUGCCGGCUGCUUCUCUUCGUCAUACUCGUCCAGGCCAAUCGGAGAAUGCAGGUGGCGCAGAAGGAAGUGCCUCAGUUGGUGCAGAAGAAACCGCCGCCGACCGAAGACGGGAAAUGCUGUGUCCCCAACACAACGUACAUGGAGGAAUGUAACGUGUGUUUAUGUGACGAAGACGGGAUAGGAGCAAGUUGUACUCUCGCUGGCUGUAUUGGAGAUUGGGGGUCUGUCCGAAAAGAGCCUACUGUCGACCGCCGCGUCACCAGCGCCGACGCAGCCACCACCAUGAAGCUGGCGCUCGCACUUUGCGGAGUGAUCCUCUUCGUCGUAUUGGUCGAGGCAGACCGGGGGGCGAGACCGCCGAAGCCGGCCCAGAAGAAACCGCCGCCGACCGAUGAUGGGAAAUGCUGUAUACCCAACCAAACAUACAAGGAGGACUGUAACGUGUGUUUAUGUGCAGCGGAUGGGAUAGGAGCAACCUGUACUCUACGCGCCUGCGUUGGAGAUAAUUGGGAAAGUCGCCGGAAACAGCCCGAUGGUGAAUAACUCCUGCACAUCGUGACACCUUCGUUGGGUGCUGCAACGCAGUCUUUCACCUGUUUACGUGG